UGCCUCCCCUUCACGCAACGUGCCACUGCUCUUCUGCCGUCCCGCCUCCGCGCAUGGAACCGCUACUCUUCGACUGCUCCCCCUACUCUGACGCGUCCACUCCCCGCACACCCUCCCCCGCCUCCCUCGCCGCACACGACAUGCACGCGUCCUUCGCUCCCUCCCCCCACUACAAGUCCUCCAUCGACCUCGCUCCGCCCCGGUACCUCUUCGACAACUCCCAUGACGAGCACGGCGUCGUCCCCGAGAGCCACACCCUCGAGGCCGCCCACAUCUGGUCCGCGCCCUACCCCGCGUCCUACAACCCGCCCAGCUCUCGCGGCUCUCUCCUCGACGAGCUCUACGACCAGGACAUGUCCGAGCACAACGUCACCCACGACCCGUACGCCGACCACCACCGCCGCUCUGCGCUGCCGCCCCCGGGGCACUGGGCCCACAUGCCCCAGACCGCCCAUGGCGACUCUCCCCUGCUGCACGGCAUGCGCCACAUGCACGACAUCGCCAUGACCCGCCGCAACACCUUCCCCUACGUCCGCCAGGACCGCGCCGAGCCCAUGUACACCCCGCCACCAUACAUGAACGACCACGACUCGCUCUGCGGCAGCCCGUACGGCUCGCGCCCGAGCACCGUCUACAGCGAGCCGCUCUCCCUCGACGGCUCGCCACAGAUGGCGAUGAUCGAGCCCCUCGAGCCCUUUGCGCACAGCGUGCACUCGCCGCAUGCGCACUAUCAGGACUAUCGUCACCUCGACGGCAUCAAAACGGAAGACGCUCCCGUCAUCGUGCCCUCCCAGACUGGCUACUGCCGGCCGGGCUCGACAGGCAUGCCUCCGCUUCCUUGCCUGCCGCCCCACAACGGCCUGCUCGUGCAGCACACGGACGACGCAGCGUCGAAGGAGACGCAGUACUUGCGGCGGCGCUGUUUCAACUGCCACACGACGGAGCCGCCCAGCUGGCGGCGCUCGACGCUCAACCCGGGCAAGAUCGUCUGCAACAAGUGCGGCCUGUACGAGCGCACGCACCUGCGCCCACGCCCACUGCGCUUCGAUGAGCUUCGUGCAGGGAGCAAGUCGCGAAAACAGCCCAAGACUACCGCGAACGGGAGCCCCAAGGCGGGCAAGAUGGCGCCCAUGGUCAAGAAGGAGCCGCGCGAGAGCGAGAUGGAGGCUGCGGCGGGCGGCAUGAUGCCGCGGCGAUCGUCGGUCUCUUCGACGAGCUCUUCCGUAUCGGGCGGUGCGACAAGCGACUGGGACGAUAAUGUCUCUGUCUACUCUUCAGGGUCUGCCCCGUCCUCGUCUAUGGGUUCGCCAGCGUCGCAGACGUACCCCAUUCCCCGGGAUAUCAACUCGCAGUCGCCACCUCUCAUGGGGUCGGAGGGCGGGAUCCGUCUGCCAAACGCCCCGUUGACGGACAUUGCGUCGCUGACGCCGUCACCGCACAUGGCGCCGCGCAAGUCUGCGACGAUGCCGUACUACUCUGGGCAGCCGCAGACGCAGGACGAGAUGUUCCGCCAUGGGUCGCUUCCGAUGGCUGAGGUGACCGGGUGGCAGAGCAUACCGCUCCAAGCGGGGGACCUCGGGUCGGCCAAGAACGCGAAGCCGCACAAGGCCGUCAUGGCCUAACUGUCUCUUGCUUUAUCAUGAAUCGUCUUAGAGUUGCGCGGCUUUUUUUCGCAUUCGCCUGAUCGUUUUCGUUCGUCCAUCUUAUCUAUUCGCCA